UAAUGAAAUUACAUUUGCAGCACUCCGCUGAGGUCGAAAAUGGGUGGCGUUGCCCCAAGGUUCCUCUUCCUCCUCGGCGCUCCCAUCCCUCUUCUCCGCCGCCACCACCACCACCGCCGCAACCUCUUCCUCUUCCCUUCCCACUCCCAUUCCCUGCGCCUCCCUUCCUUCUCCUUCUCAUCCUCUCCCUCUCUCCCACUCAAACUCAAAGCCUCUCACUCCUCCGCCUGGCCCGAGUGGUCCUCAUUCCUCUCCCACAUCUCCUCCGCCGGCUACCUCCCCUCCCUCCCCGACCACGCCUUCGUCGAAGCCGCCGCCAACCUCCCCCACUCCUUCCUCCACGACGCCGCCGCCUGCUUGGCCUUCGCCCGCGACCGACCUAACCUUCUCAGGUUGCUUUCUGUGAGAGACAUUGCGGCUGUCGUUGAGCAUGGCUCCCCCUUUCUCUUCCGCGACGCUGAGGAUUCCGUCAGGAAGAUGAGGUCCUUUCUCUCCGACGCUCAUGCCAAUGACGCUGAUAGAGCAAAUACAGUUGAUCUAAUGAAGUUUCUGCUGAGUUAUGCAAGUAACCCAUUUGUCUCUUCAGAAGGGAACAGUCUCAAUAAAAGAGAACUUGUUGAAUCAUCUGUCAGAAAUCUAUUCGGUGAACUUUUCAAGCUGAGUUAUAGUGCACCUGGUCCUAACUCUUUUGCUUCAGUACAAAAUCAAAUGGCUGGCAGAUUUGGAGAGACAAAGCCUCCUGGACAAAAAAUUGAAAUGAAGAGGGGUGAUUGGGUUUGCCCAAGGUGUAAUUUCAUGAAUUUUGCAAGAAACGUCAAAUGUCUUGAGUGUGAGGAAGCAAGGCCGAAAAGACAACUGGCUGGAGGUGAAUGGGAAUGUCCUCAGUGUGAUUUCUACAACUAUGGGAGGAAUAUGACUUGCUUAAGGUGUGAUUGCAAGCGACCUGGACAAAUAUCUUUGGGUGCCACUGAUACCAUGUCAAAUAUGGGGUACGAAAAUGGAAACAAUCCUAAUACUUCAGAUGUCAAUGUGAGGUUAGCUGCUAAUGAAGAAAAGGCACAGCGUUGGUUUAGCAAGGUUUCUCAACUAGACAGCGGUGCUGAUAUUAACAGUGUGAUAGCAGAUGAAGAUUUUCCUGAAAUAAUGCCAUUGAGGAAAGGGGUAAAUAGAUUUGUUGUAAGCACAAGGAAAACUCCAUUGGAGAGGAGGUUGGCUAAUGCUCAAUACAAGAGAAACUUGUCCAAUAAUGACAAUCCCGGGAUUGAGGAUUUUAAAGCUGGGGAACCAAUCAAGUCCCAUGACACACUGGAUGACAUUCUAGGUCGUUCAGCUGGCUUUCCUCAAUCUGACAAUAAGAACACUUUUGCUGAACAAAAUACCAGUGGAGACAGCCUGCCUUCAUUUGCUAGUAACAACACUAGUACUGUUCCUCCCAUUCCAUUGUCUGCAGACGCACUUGCGCAAAAGUCCGAGAACUUUCUAGCAGAGGAAAGGAAAAAGGUGGUAUUCGACACUGAUGUUAGAUAUGCUAGUUCUGGAGACAGUUCACAGCUUUAUAAUAAUUCUACAAGCCAAAGCAUCAUAGAGGAUAAGGAGAAAGAGCAAGCAGAAAAAUCUGAGAGGUGGUUUAGAAAGGUUUCUGAGCUGAAUGAUUUUCCAGAUAUAACAAGUGCAAUAUCUGAUGAGGAAUUCCCUGAAAUAAUGCCUAUGCGUAAAGGAGAAAAUCGAUUUGUUGUUAGCAAGAAAAAGGAUCGUUCUUUGACAACACCAGCAUAUAAGAGACGCGCGGCCAUGGAGCAAUCCGGCAAAACCAACUUUGUCCCCUUUGUUCCCUUCCCCCCAGAUUACUUUGCCAAAAAGGACAAGCAGCAGACAGAAGGAGCUGCAGAUUCAGCGGAUACUUCCAAUGAUGAUACAUCUUCCAUAUCUGAAAUGGCAGAGAAGCCUCCAGAGAUCUCAGAUGGUGCUAGAGCUAGACCUGAACAAGGUCCAAAAUCUUCUGAGCAGAGCUCAAAUAACAAUGAUGUUGGUGCUAUGUAUAGGGCAACAACUGGUGGAAAUUCAAGGCAGAGUUUCAGUCAAGAUCAUGUUCCGAAUUUGACAGGGAGUUCAACCCCAAGUCCAGCUUCUGAGAACCAGAGUGUUAGAGCAGAAUGGUCAGGACAGAGUUUGGAGGGGUCAGCUGUGAAGGAACCAGAUCCUUUGGACAUGUCAGAGGAGGCAAAGGCGGAGAGGUGGUUCCGUCGCGUGGCGCAGAUUAAGGAUAUUUCUGAGCUCAGUCAGAUUCCAGAUGAAGAUUUUCCUUCAAUAAUGCCUAUGCGCAAAGGGGUGAACAGAUUUGUUGUAAGCAAGAGGAAAACGCCACUGGAAAGGAGAUUGUCAUCUAAGCAGUACCGAAGAAAUCUUCCAACUGUGAGCUCAGAUCCUAUUAAAAACGAAAAUGAAGGCAGCUGAAGAGUAGUGAUAUUAUUAUCCAUUUGUUUCAUUCUUCAAUGUGAAGUUAAAACGUUGGCAAAUAUAGAAAAGGAUAACGAAGAUGAUGGAAAACACUACCACUCAAACCUUUUAUUUACACCUGUAACAGAGUUUUGACAUCAAGUAUUUAUCUUUGUUGAGGUGAUCUUGCUUUAUAUCAUGUUGAGGGACUAGCUUGAGAAAUUUCAUAAAUAAGUGAUGCAUUAAAACAGUUGUUUU